CAUCACAUUGCCCGUUGUCCAAUGCUCAAUUCCGACCAUAUAUACACGCAUGCUUUUGUUCCAAUUUCCAUUUAAUCAACCUUUUUGAACCAUUUUUAAAUUUUUAUUUGUAUCUACAAUACAAAUAGCAGUGUGGCAAUCUUUAGAAAGCAAAUACAUUGAAGUAUUUUGUUCAUUGGAUAUUCAAUAACCAAUAAACAUGGCUGAGACUAUGAAACAAACUGUUGCUACUAUAUUAAAAAGUAUUGAGAGAUAUAAUCCAGCAAAUCUUCAAACCUUGGAAAGAUAUGUGGAGAUGCAGUCUCGAGAAAAUACAUAUGACUUGGAAGCUAAUUUAGCUGUGUUAAAGCUGUACCAGUUCAACCCGGAGAAAUUCAAUCCAGACAUUACUUGUCAGAUUCUUCUGAAAGCUUUAACCAACUUUCCACAUACUGAUUUUACUCUGUGUAAAUGUUUACUGCUUGAGUCUGUGGUGGAAAAUGAAACAAUUUCUCAAAUAAAAUAUUUGGCAGAUAUCUUAGAGCAGUGUGAUUUUGCACAAUUUUGGCAUAGAGUACACCAGAUGCCAGAAUUGUGUAAUCGUAUCACGGGUUUCCAUGAUUCAAUUCGCAAAUUUGUGUGUCAUGUAGUCGGUAUAACAUUUCAAACAAUUGACAAGAAUAAUCUUGCCAAUCUACUUGGUGGAAUUGAUGAUGUUCCAUUGAAACACUGGGUGAAGAAAUAUGGUUGGAGAGACGAUGGUAACCUCAUCUUUAUUGCUAAUCAGGACGAAAAUAUUAAAACAAAAAAUAUUACAGAGAAAAUUGAUUUUGAGCAUUUGGCUCCCUUAAUGGCACUGUUGUAAAUGUCAACAUAAAUAAAGUGUUAAUAUCUUGCUAAUAUA